UGGGGUGCAAGAACUGAGGGGGAAUCCAGUGAGAUGCCAAGACCUGACGGAGUCUGUUCCUCGGGACCCAGGCGCCUGCAGGCAGAGAGGGCUGGAGGGUCCUACAGUCAAUUCCAAACGGCCCAUCCGGGCGAGCCGCGCCCCUGAGCCAGCCAGCAGACUGGAAGCAGAGCCUGGCCCGAGAGGACUUUACUCCCAGGAGGAUCCAGAGCCCAGGAGCCGAGGCCAUGGCUGCCAAGUCUGAGAGGAGGGUGGCCUCGUCCGUCUUCAUCACGCUGGCGGCCCCGCGCCGAGAUGAGGCGGCGGCGGUGGAAGUGAGGCGGGCGGUGUGCGAGGCCCGGCCCGGCCUCCCCCGAGAGACUCCUGGCCCCGAGAGGGCGUCCGGGGCUGGCUCAGCAGGCAGGCCUGGCCCCUGGAAAGCCCCUGGCAGAGUCACGGCCGCUGUGCCUGCUGUGUCCGCUCAGCUCCCCAAUGGAGGAUGUUGCCCGCCACCCCCUCUCCUGGAUGCUGCGGAUGUGCUCCCCGACCUGGACCUCCCCCCACCUCCACCGCCACCCCCUCAGGCAUACCUGCCUCCUGACGAGGUGCCCCUGGCCCCAGUGGAGGCGUCCCUUGUUUCAGACUUGGAGCAGCUGCACCUGCCCCCACCCCCACCCCAGCCCCUGGCCGAGGGACCACCCCUCCGGCCUCCACCCAGUCACCUCAGGCCCACUAACGUGGAGCUGCCCCCUCCCCCAGAGGAAGCUGUCAACUGGCCUGAGAAGGAGACAUCCACAGACAUCUGCGCCUUCUGCCACAAGACCGUGUCCCCCCAGGAGCUGGCCGUGGAGGCCAUGAAGCGGCAGUACCACGUCCAGUGUUUCACCUGCCGCACUUGCCACUACCAGCUGGCUGGGCAGCUCUUCUUCCAGAAGGACGGGCGGCCCCUCUGUGAGCCCUGCUACCAGGACACCCUGGAGAAGUGUGGCAAGUGUGGGGAGGUGAUCCAGGAGCACAUCAUCAGGGCCCUGGGCCGGGCCUUCCACCCGCCCUGCUUCACGUGCGUGGCCUGUGCCCGCUGCAUCAGGGACGAGCACUUCGCCCUGGACAGCCAGAACGAGGUGUACUGCCUGGAUGACUUCUACAGGAAAUUCGCCCCGAUGUGCAGCAUCUGUGAGAAUCCCAUCAUCCCCUGCGAUGGGAAAGAUGCCUUCAAAAUCGAAUGCAUGGGCAGAAACUUCCAUGAGAAUUGCUACAGGUGUGAGGACUGCAGGGUGCUGCUGUCCAUCGAGCCCACGGAGCAGGGCUGCUACCCGCUGAACAACCGUCUCUUCUGCAAGCCCUGCCACGUGAAGCGGAGUGCCGCCAGCUGCUGCUGAGAGCCCCCCGGCUCUCGGGGCCAAGGGCAGCCCCCAAGCCUGAUGGUGGGCUCGGGGAGGGGCGGCCUCCCCUGACUCAGUUUCCCCUCUUGCCUUCCCUCUGGGCCACCCAGGAACCAGCUCAUAGCUCUGCCCACCACAACCAGGUCCCAGGGGCUAAGCCUGCCUGGCCCCCGCCUCCCUUCACACUCCUGCUCUGCCUCUGCUCCCUGCUGGGUGCCGGACGGUCCCAUGCCAGGAGCCUCAUACCCAGGGUCCUCGUCUCUGAAGCUCUGGCCCCUCUGGAUCACUGGCCUCGACCCGUUUUCCUGGGGUGAAUUGGGCUAAACCAACCGAGGCCUUGCGUUGCUGCAGUGACACAGAGUGGCCAGCAGGGGGCGCUGAGACCAGUUCUCACAGAGCUGUUUGAGUAAAACUACAAGUCCCCCGUCAGAGUGCUUUAAAAAAAAAAAAAAAAAGAAUACUGAGGUUUGGGUUUUGGGUCCCUAAGGCCUCACACAUGCAAGGCAAAUGCUCUGUCGCUGAGUCACUUCCCCAAUCCAAAUAUUAAGGCUUCUUGUUUUGGGGUGUUUUUGUUUUUAUUUGUUUGGUUUUUGUUUUGGGGUCACACCAAAAACAAACCCCUGGCUCUGUGCUCAGGGCUCACUCCUGGUGGUGCUCAGGGGACCAUAUAUGGUGCUGAGGGUUGAACCGGGGUAAACCACAUGCAAGACAAGUGCCUUAACCCCUGGACCAAUCUCUCCGGCCCCCAAAUAUUAAGGUUGAAAGGGUAGGAAACUUUCUUUGGGCUUGCGGGCAAUGGGACACCUCCCAGGAGUACCCGACGUGGCUGUUCAGAUGGACACAGUUGUGGCCUGUGGCGGCCCGCGACAGACUGUCCACCUCGGAACAUGGCACGUGAUGUGGGGCCGGGAGAGGGUGGUGCUGACUCUGGAACUUCAGUGGACCUACUGCGUGCUGGGACCAACGUGCAGGAGUUCUGGGUGUUCUUGCUGCAGCCGUGAGUCCCCCACCACCACACUCGAGGAUGGUGUGGGGUCCCCUUUGUUCCCCCAGCCCCGCUCUCCCCUCCCCCUCCCUAGAACCUCCAGUUCCUUGGACCCUCCAGCCCUGCAGCCUGUUAGCACUGCCUCCUCAAGGCUGCAUUGUGUAGCCUUUUCUUCUGUCUUAAAGGAAACCACUUUCGGCCGAGCUGUGUGCAGUGAGUGAGGCCUGUGCCUUCCUCCCUGGGGUCACCCGGAUGCCCACACGCUCCUGUGGGUGUCGGGGGGCCAGGCGCCAGGAAUGUUUGGCACCUGAAAUGGUGCUGGGGCCAACGCCGUGAGGCUCAGGCCUGGCCUGGCUGACGCCAGCAGGACCACACUCCCCCCGCAGGUCUUCGGGUACUGAACCUGGCUCUCCUGCACUGCAGCCCUCUGGGCUCUUUCCUCGACCUACGCACUUGUAGAGCCCCUGGAGUGGCUUCAGAGCCGCUUCUUUUUUUUUUUUUCUUUUUGGGUCACACCCGGUGAUACACAGGGGUUACUCCUGGGUUUGCACUCAGGAAUUACUCCUGGCGGUGCUCGGGGGACCAUAGGGGAUGCUGGGAAUCGAACCCGGGUCGGCCACAUGCAAGGCAAAUGCCCUCCCCGUUGUGCUAUUGCCCCCACAGCUGCUUCUUGUCCGAAGCCCUGAGCCGCGUGUCCCUACGCCCAGCGUUCACACGCCACCUCCGCGCUGUCCCCUCACCACAGACUGCCUGUGCUCGUGCUUCCUCCCGGGGUCCUUCAGUGCACUUGUACUCCCAGCGCUAGUGUCCUGUGAAGCAUUACACACCUGCAGCCACGCGCCGAUGUGCUCGUCGUGGUUUCCCUGUGGCACAUGAAAGUA